AUGGAAAAGAUGCCAGAUCCAGAAUCCCAACCCUACCCGCCAACUGGAAUCCCCAAGCGGAAACCCGUCCCUACUGUCGCCACAGCACCACCUCCAGUGAACCCACUCCAGUCCCACUCCUGGACGCAAUGGCCCAAAUCCAAAUGGUCCCAACUCUCCAAACGACAACGCAUCAUCUUCAUUUCAGCAACCAUCGGCAUAAUCCUCAUCGCCCUCAUAAUCGGCCUCGCGGUCGGCCUCACCCGAGAAUCACACGAGAACCUGCACCUCCCCACAGCGCACGGAGGCCCCUAUACGGGUGAUUUAACUUACUACGAUCCCGCCGUGGGCUCAUGCGGAAUAACCAGUUCUAGUUCGGAUUUGAUCUGCGCGGUAUCGCAUGUUCUGUUUGAUGCUGCGGCGACAGGGUCUAAUCCGAAUGCGAAUCCGCUUUGUGGGUUGAAGGUUCGAUUGAAGAGGGGGAGUAGUAGUGUUGAUGUCAAGAUUGUUGAUCGGUGUGUGGGAUGUGCAAUGAAAGAUUUGGACGUGAGCCCAGCGGCUUUUAAAAAGUUGGCGGACAUGGAUUUAGGUCGAGUGAAGGUUGAGUGGGCGUGGUUGCAGGAUACGCCUGUUUCCGUCUGA